AUCGCAGAUUUGACUUGACUUGACUUGAGAUAUUGGACUUCAAAGCAAUGACUUGACUUGACUUGACUUCAACCCUUUUUAUUUUUAUCAAUGACUUGACUUGACUUGAUUCUCUUCCAGAAAUGACUUGACUUGACUUGUGUGAAAAAAUAGCUGACUUGCCCAUCUCUGCUAUGCACACAAUACAUCAUCCACAUUCAGCCCUGUUUUUAGAGAUGAAGCAGAUUAAUGUAUGGUCAGAGCAGUUAAUGAUUAGAAUGCGUGCAUUGGUAGAAAAAGUACAUAUCUAUUCUCAUUUAUGAAAAUAUCAAUCGUGAAGUCAGACUGGUUUCUCUUACGCGUAGUCAAUUCCUUGAACGAUCUGAAAACUGUUGCUAAAUUGGUGUGUGACUAUCGGUACUAGUGUGAAUGAGAAGAAUAUCCCACAUCCACAACCUGAUUUACUUGUUAUUAUAUUAAUGAUUGUAUUAAAGAGAAUGCUGUUAUGUUUAUAUUCACCAACACAUAAACUUCUUGUUUUUACAAUAUGUCGAUUGUUUCAAGAAUUUACAAUAGCAUUUCAUUCAGUCAGUCUCACUUGCUCGACAUUUAGAAUUUUCUAGACCAAGCCGACGUGUUUUAGCUACUAACAUACUUGCAUAUUCAUUUGCAUUGGAUCAAAUUAUUUAAAUUAUUAUUUCGAGACAGUAAAAGGAUUAUAAAUUAACAUAUCGGACUCUAAAUAUAUGUUUUGUCAUUAAUAUACUUAUACCUAAAUCACCACGAUAAUUGAUACAACAAAACCGUGUUAUAGAAGCAAGAAAAGUAUUUAAAAGAAUAUUUUUAAUAAAUCGGUGACCAUUACAGGAUCGAUUAGAAUUAUUUUAGUCUCGUUUAUCAACUCAUGCAAUUGCUGCUAGAGAAGCUUAUUUAAAUGUAUAAAAACGACUUUGUCAAUUGAAAUUAAUGAAAAAAAUAUUUAAUUUUUAUUGUUCUUUGGGCAGUGACUAUUUCUGUUUAUUUAGGUAUGUUUCAAUAAUAUAACAAACUGAAUCGUUUUUUUUUCCUUCAAAGAACUUCAUAAUAUCCUUAAUAUAAUAGAUUUUAUGUAUUUGAAUGUAAAAUAUAUAAUACUAGAUAAAAAUUUAAAAAAAAUUUCUCAUCAAUAAAUUGCAGCAGAUAUUUUUAGUGUAUCCCACAGAGAAUUUUUCUAAGUGUCAAAUCACUUUUCAACCAAGAUGAUCUACAUUUGAUGAGUAAUAGAAAAGUCUAGAAUGGUUUGGCUUAUCGAGUCUUCGUUCUUGAGAUAUCGAAAUUGUACUAGAUUUUUGACCCCCCCCCUCCCCUUAGAUCACAUGAAAAAUCGACAUUCAACUUCAAACUUUUGCAUGAACAAAGUUCUCAAUGAGUUUAGUUCAUUGGACAAGUUGUAACUUUUCUAACGUCUUCUAUUCUGAGAUAAAUUUACAUUUCAAGGAAAGAAAUACUAUAAAAGCUAAAACUUGUUCAAUGAACUAAUCUCAUUAGGAAUCGAAGUUGUGCAAAGUUUGAAGUUGAAAUUCGAUUUGCUGCAUGAUUUGAGUGAGACGAGAAGUCUUUUAAAAUUUCAAUAACUCGAAAACGAAGGUCUUGAAAACCAAACAAUUCUAAACUUUUUCUAUUACUCAUCAAAUGCAUACCGUUCCAAUCGAAAAGUGAUUUGACACUUGCACAUGUUCCCACUUUAGUUUUCUAGUAAAUAGGGAAAAUAUUCAUAACAUCAGCUUCCUAUUUGAUAGUUUAUAGUAACUGAUAAAUUUGAGAGAGUUUUGAAUGUUAAUGUCGCACUAAUUAAAUUGGCCUUUCUAGAUCAUUAUUUAUAAGAUGCUAUAAAAAAAUUCAUCAUCAAAAUAAAAUACUUUUUUGAAUUUUUGAAAAGGUAUCAGUAGUGCAUUACAUGCAUUUACAAAUGAACCUCAUGAAUUCUUUAUAGUUGGCGCUGUUUGAGAAAUGAUUGGUCUUAAUGUAUGGUCAUGCACUUGCAUUGCUUGUUAAAUGACCUCGUCUUCUUAUUGUAUUUUUUACUGCAACUACUCUUGCUUUAGUACUUGUACUCGUUACAUAUGAUAAACAACCAAACGGCAAGAAUUUAAAUAAUUAAUUCAAUUUAUCUAAAUUAGUUUUUCUUUCAGUAAAUCUUUCCUUUUCUUUACUUAGUCAAUUAUCAACAUCAUCAUGUCAAUUAUUAAUUGUUGUCCAUACAACUAAAACAUAUCUAACAGCUCCUUGUUCAACAAGUGUUGAUUUAUCAGUAUGGAUUGUUUCAAUGAUUGGACCACAACUAUCAGCUACUCAAUAUUUUGUUUAG